AUGCUGAAUGAAAUUAUACCAUCCUCCCUCCCUGUGCCAAACGAGGUGACUUUUGAGUCGACUCAAAAGUCAUCUCUCACUCAUUCACCUCCUGCGAGCCCUGCAGCAACAGCAAGAGCGCGAGGGCUCAUUCAGGAGUGGGCGGACGUGUUCCCCCCUGGCCCCACCUGCCGCCACACAGAGUACUUCCUCGCAUUCGACGAGCUCAAGAGGAGUGGCGUCCCCUUCCCCCCCAAUCGCCACACUGCAAGCUCCCACCACUCCCCCUCCAUCCCUGUGCCGACUCCCGAGCGUGCAGCAGCCAGUCACGGCGUGCCACCUGGCGGCCUCCCCCCGCACCUGCAUCCCCAUGCCAACCACUCCACCCCUCCUCAACUCUACAACUCACCCACCUACGGCAGCCCCGUUGGGGGGGGAUACAGUCCGGGUAACCCUGCUGCUGCUGCUUAUAAUGGAGCUGCUUAUAACGGGGCAGCUUAUAACGGAGCUGGUUAUGAUGGUGCGCGGUCUCCUCUUGGAGGUCCCAGGUCGUUACCACCGCAGCCACAGCCCCCUCCCUUGCAUUAUCAGCAGCCGCAGGCACAGGCACAGCAGCAGCAGAGUGGGAGUGGGUCACAGAACGGGACGAGUGCCAAGCCUAUGAGCCGCACAGACAUCACCAUGGGGUUGAACUCCAUAGAGGUGCUAUCCGACCUGCUCUCAGCCGCUCCCAUCCAAGGACAACCGUUCCUCUGUGCCGAUCUCUUAACCCACUCUGUUUAUGCUUGGUGCCCAUUCCCUCCCACUCUCUCCAGUCUGGCAGACAUCACCACGGGGUUGAACUCGGUGGAGGUGUUAUCUGACCUGCUCUCAGCCGCACCCAAGGACAACCCUGGCUCUGUGUUGGGGGACGAGUUGGUGCAGCAGCUGGUGGGGGAGUGCCGGGGGCUAGAGGGGCGUCUAGCAGCCACGAUCAACUCCACCAGCACACCUGCCCUGCUCCGCCCGGGCUCUCAACGACGAGGUGCAAGUGGUCAUGAAGCGGUCAUGAAAUGUCAUUUCAUUACCAUGCCUCUUCACUCAUAUUACCCACUGCCCACUGUGCAUGCCUUCGCCUUCCCCCUUUCCUGCUCCCCCGGUGACGAGCAUCUGCUGCGCUUCGCCGUCGUUCUCGACGACGAGGUGCAGGCAGUCAUGAAGAGGCAUCCUGGGCAUUCACAUCUCUCCUCCCACAACCAUCCCCCCUGCCCUAUCCCCUGCUUUCCCAGUGACGAGCACCUGCUCCGUUCUGCCCUGGCUCUCAACGACGAGGUGCAGGCAGUCAUGAAGCGCCACAGCCAGCUGCAGAAAUCCUCUCCUGCCGCUGCUAGUGCUGGUGGUGGUGGUGCAUCUGCUCCUGGCUCGGCUGCAGCAGCAGGGGCAGCAGCAGCAGCAGGGGGAGUGCAGUGGGCGCAGUACGAUGGGGAGGGAGACACUGACAGCGAGCCGACCAUUCAGCUCGACAGGCGCGGGCACAUCAUUCAGCUCAAUAGACAGCUUCUCCCCCAACCUUGCCCCGUCCCUUCUCCCCCCUCCCCCACCCACCUGCAGUGCGCCAUCUUCCUUCCCCAUCCGCCCCUCAGCUUCCCCCACACCCUCCUACUCGUUCCCCCACGCCCUCAUACUCGUUCCCCCUUGCCCCUCCGCAUUUAUCGCACCCCCCACAUUCUCCCCAUUUUCCCCCCGUUUCUCCCGCCCUGCUUCUGCUCCCCCCCCCCACCCUACAGUGCGCCAUCUGCCUUCUCCAUCCGCCCCUCAGCUUCCCCCACCUUCUCCCCGAGCGCCCCCCCCGCCUCCCCCCUGCUCCCCCUUCCCCCUGACUGGAAACGCUCCUCCACGCCUCAUGCCCCCUCUGCCCCCACUGCCCCUGCUUCUUCUGCUGGUUCUUCUGCUAGUGGUGCUGGUGGUUCUGUUGGUGCUGACACUGGGUCAGCAGGAGAAUCUGCAGCAUCAGGAGCAGCAGCAGGAGGAGAAGGGGGAGCAGCAGGAGGAGCAGCAGCAGGGGCAGGAGCAGCACCCCCCUAUUCGCUUCCACCAUACGGCUCAGCCCCUGAUCUGCCAGCCAUGACCGCCCACAUGUCUCACUUGAAACUCGCCCAACCCUCACCCAACGCACAUCCCCACACACAUUCCGAACCUGCCUCCCGGGACGUGUCUCCCUUCCCUGCCCAAGCCUGGGGAACAGGUUCGGCUGCUGCUGCCAUUCCUGCUGCUCCCGCUGCUCCUGUUUAUCGCUCAGCCACUGAUAUGCUUCUUGCUGAGCUGUCGCCGUCCAAUCCGUUUGCGCCAGGCGUGCAAGCAGCCACAGCGGGAGGAGAAGGACAAGGGGGAGGAGCAGGAGCAUCUGUUUCCGCAGGAGCAGAGUCAGCACUACCACCAGCAGCGGCUCGUGCAUUAGACUUUGGCUCUAGUCCUUCCGCUGCUGCUGCUGCUGCUGCUAGUGCUGCGAACGCUGCUUCGGAUGCUGCUGCUCCCACUGCACCUUCAGGCACUGCACCCAACCCCUUUGGACCCGUUCCUCCCUCUUUCACCACCGAGCCUUCCCCAUUCGACUCCGAGCCUUCCUUUCAAGCCCUUCCAAAUUCAGGCCACUCCUCUACCGCCCCUUCCUCUGCUCCAUCUCCAUACAAUCCCCAAUCCACACACCUCUCUUCUCCCCAGACCUACCCGUCUCCAUACACUCACACCACGUUACAGUCACAGCCCCCUUCCACCUCCUCCACUCCUGCUGCUGCGCUAGGCUCUGGGUUUGGCUCUGCCCCCGGAUCUGCCCCGCCCCGCCUCUCCAAUUCCCUUCCUUCUCACUCACCCACUGACCCCUUUGGUGGUUCCGGCUCUGGUGCUGCCGGUUUAGGUGCUGGCGGGCGAGGUUUUACUGGUGCAGGCUCAUCUGGGUUCCCCGCUUCUGCUUCUCAUCCUCCCUCUAUUGCCCCGAGCUACCAGUCAUCCCAUCCUGCUGGUUCGGUGAUGAGCCUCGGCGGUAGCAGUGGGGGCAUGCAGCAUGGCUUUCAGCAGCAGCAGCCACAGCAGCAGCAACAGCAGCAGCAGCAGCAGCAGCAGCAGCAGCAGCAGCAGCAGCAGCAGCAGCAGCAGCAGCAGCAGCAGCAGCAGCAGCAGCAGCAGCAGGCGUUGGGACCGGCAGGAUUGACGAGACAGCAGUUGGCACGGAAUGAAGACCCCAUGCUUACAACAUCCAUGUUUGCAGAUCUGAAAGAUAUCAAUGCGUCUCUAGCUCGGGAUAUCAACUCUGCAAAAACAGGGGCAGCAGUGAGGCGUUAA